AUGCACAACAGAUUUUCUGGAGGUUUUAUCUGCGCGCUCCUGGGACUCAGGCAGCACCCGUCAGUGGCGCCCUCUCACCUGCAGAAGAAGUACAUCGCUGACGUCGUCUUGGUGGACGCCGGUGGGCAGGAAGUGGCACUCGCUGUCCUUAAAGAACCAGCACAAGCUGAUGCGACCGUCCAGAGCCUGUGCUUGGCGCGAUCUCUGAUGGAGGUGGACCGCAGCCGCUGUAUGGUGACCGACUGGACCUCGCAAAAGUCAGGCCCCGGCCCGUGGGACGCCGAUCUACGCCGCGUCUGGAGCGCCGUGCUGCCCUGCAGUGCCGGCGCCGAUACUGCGCCGCUCUGCUCCAGAUUCCUCAGCUCUUGCCCAGAACGUUCUGGAGGAGCAGUGGUCUGCCCAGGAUUCACAGACGGCAUUUAUAAACUGGUCGGCGUUCUUCCCGAAGCGCCGCAAUGUCAAGACCCUUCAGAGGAGCACGAAAUUAUUUCGACUAUAAGUUCUACUUUUGACAAGAUUAUUCGAAACGUGAAAGAUUAUUUCACGGAGGAAAGGAAUAGUGGCGUAAAUCUUACAUCGAUGACCACGACACUUCCUGUUGCCGAAGACAGUAAUUAUUCGUCUUCAGCAAACGCUGAAGCUACGACUGUCUUUCCUUUGAACAAUAGCUUCCCCGAGACCAACUUGUCAGUGAUUGAUCAAGAGCUAUCGACGGCUGAAGUCAACAACGGUGAAGUUACCGAAGAAAUGGACAGCCCUAAAGAGGAAUACGCUCGGAAAAGUUUAAACUUGACGGGCAAUCAAGUUGAAGAAACCGCGACCUUCGUCGAGUGCGUGGGCUACAGAAUCACGGCCAACUUGACGCCGCAGUUGUCGGUGCUGCCGCAGCAAAGUCAGUACGGAGAGCAUCCGUGGGUGGCGCUGCUGCAGGACUGCGUGGGUGACGAGUGCUCGGUGAGAGGGGCGGGGGCACUCAUUCACCCUCAGCUCAUCAUCACAACCGGCAACAUCAUGCUAGGGGCUGACCCCAACACGCUGGUGGCAGUGCUGGGUGAGUGGGACAGAACGUCGGACCGUUCUUUAAAUCAACAGACGGACGAAGAUCAUCAGCCUAAUCUACACAACCCUCAUUUAUUGCGCCAUCAGCCCACUUCAAACAAUCUUAAUUUCUUGCCUCACCAUCCACAGUCUCACUUCCAAACAACAGGUCGUAGAUUUGAUUCAUUAUCAACCUUCUCAUCGCCACAACGCCGGUUCACGCGUCAAGCUCACUUCCUACCUCAGAACACGUUUCAGAUACAGCAACGGAAUCAACAACCAGAGAAGUUCCAUCAACUUUCGCAAGGACGCGACUUCAAUCCGUUUGUGGAUGGACUUGAGUCAGGGUCUUCUGGACUUGGACUGGAAAACUUGCCUUUUAUUAGAAGUCGGCAACCUACUACUUAUAAUAAUCACCGCAUUGGCACUGCUGAUCUCGAUUUUGGAUGUAAUAAUCACCGUAUACCGCUCGAUGAUCGUAAAACAGAAACCAGAAAUAUCCCAUUUGAUCAACAGAACCAAAACCUUCCACCUAUCGCACAAGUUCAACACGACAACAAUCUCCUGCAACCAAGACAAAGAUACUCUGAAGAUCAGCUGGAAGAGCUGCGGCGCGGCCGGCAGCGAACUCUUGUCAAGAACGUGCUCUUCCAUCCUGGAUUUAACCCCACCAUGAACUCAGGACACGAUGUCUCGGUCAUCAUCUUACGGGAGCCGGUGAGGAAGACUGACGUGGUGCAGACAAUCUGUCUGGCGGACUCGCUGACGGAGGUUGACAGGUCGCGCUGUGUCGUCAACGGCUGGGGCGCCUACGGGAGAGGGACGCGUCAACACGCUGACAUCCUGAAGCGCAUCUACGCACCUGUCCUCGACAACAGCACCUGCGAACAGCGGCUCAGGCAUCAGCUGGGCCCUUACUUUCAGCUGCAUGAGUCGCAACUUUGUGGCGGAGGUCUCGGAGGACCUAGUGUGUGUCGUGGAGAUGAAGGCGCUCCAUUGGUUUGUCCCAGUUUGUCGCCCAACGGUCAAUACAAGCUGGUGGGCGCUCUGUCAGGCGGGGUCGAGUGUGGUGUCAGAGGCCUGCCCGAUUUUUACUCAUCCUUCGUGUAUGAGUCAGGAGAUUGGGUUCGAAAUGUUAUAAAAGAGUUCCUCUUGAUCACUGAUACAGCGAAGCCAACGAACUCGCAAGAUGAAGCUAUCCCGAAGCAGCCGUUGGCCCGAGAAAUACAUUCACCGCAAGUUACUCAUGGACGUUCAAGUGUUCAGGAAUCAACUCUGCGAGGUGAACGCAUGAUCUCCAAAUUAGAAGCAUCUCCGAACUCACUCGAUCAUCCGGUUCCAAAAGUGCUUGCGGUUGAGAACGUUCCGAACACAAUAGGGACUGAUUUAGCCACCAGAGACGCCUCAGCUCCCGCAAAAACAAUUCAGGAAUCUUUGGCGCUGCAAGGAAAUGGCGUCACAGAAAAUAUUGCUUCGAGCUCUACAGAAAAUCCCAAACUGGCUACUAUUGCUGAACAAAUAUUUCUCGAAGAAGAAUACUCCAUUCUAAAGCCAACAUUACAUGCACAUGAAAAAAAUUCGUUAAAUUCAGGAGACCCAAGUACUCUUCGACAGUCGUUUGGAAACAGUACCGAAAUUCCACCUGGAAUAAAGGAAACUGAAUCGAGCGAUUAUAACGAACAAAACUUAAAUAAAUCAACGAGCCAUCCUGAAAAUAAAGUAACAGCAUUACCUGGUGGGAGCGCUUUCGGACAGUUCCAACAUUACGCGGACGACGAUUCAUUUGGUCUUCUAGAAAAGGUGUUGUUGGCCGCCCCAAGAUCUCGGCAGCCUUUGUUGAGCGACGGUCCAAUCGUCUCCCGGCCGUAUUCAUCCGUGGUGCAGUAUAGAUCAAGAGGAAACUCGUUCAGCAACGCGGAGGAUCUUGAAUUAAAUAAAUUUGAAGAUGAGCCGUGUCAAAAUUAUGAACAUUUUGGAUCUGGAGGGGACUUCGACACGCACUACGGCGCGCACGUGAGCCAGUUCGGUGAGUACCCCUGGAUGGCCGUGGUGCUCCAGGACGCGUGGCUCAACGGUGAACUUGUGGCCAAAGUUCGGGGGUCUGGCAGCCUCGUGCAUCCGCAAGUGGUUCUUACUGCAGCUGGAGUUGUGUCAUGGGCCAACGUCCACCUGCUGCGGGUGCGUCUGGGUGACUGGGACGUGACGUCAGAGGACGAGCCUCUCCCCCACCACACGCUCCUCGUCGCGCGCGUCGUCCUUCACCCAGAGUUCGACGCAGCGACCGGCGUCAACGACGUUGCUCUCGUUAUCCUCAGGCGACGAGUUACGACGAGCAUGCACGUACAGCCGCUGUGCCUGGCCUCGUCCUUCUCAGACGUGGACCCGUCGCGCUGCCUCGUCACGGGCUGGGCCGCCACGUCGCUAGAUGUUCCUGACGAGAAGCCGCUACUGAAGAGAUUGACUGCGCCACUGAUUCCUGGCCCCUCUUGCCAGACGCAGCUUCGGGAGCAGCAGCUGGCAAACCUCCGCACCCAGAACACCACUGAAGAGAUACCAGCUAUUUAUGACAGCCAUGACACGCAAACGAGUAAAACACAGCGAUAUUCUAACUCAAUAUCAUCGUAUCACGUGAAUGGCGGCACGCGAACAAAGCACAGGGACAGUGACACGAGUCUUCCGGAACUGCGACUCCAUCAUACAUUUGUAUGCGCUGGAUCCACGUCAAGUGAAAGUCCUUGUCUGGGCGCCGGAGGGUCGGCGCUAGUGUGCCCCAGCGUGCGUGACGGCCUCUACCGCCUAGCGGGGGUACAGACGAGCCUGCAGUGUCCCCAGGCGCCACCUGCAGUCUUCUCCGUGGUGACAGGCGGGUCGAGGAGCGGGCUGUACAGAUGGGUCAAGAGUGAAAUCAAGACCGCCUUUCAAGUUGCGGACGAACGAGCGAGUCGGAAAAGAGUUGUGUUCCGGUGAUGAAUACUCACUGUUAAGUUAUUUUUAUUAAACAGAUUUGUUCUUUCGACGCUUACAGGGUAUCGAUGGAUAGUGUAAAAAUGUAUUUCCACUAGGUGAAAAAUUAUAGAAACUAGACGCUGAUAAACUGCAUUCAAAGAACCCCACCCUGGCUACUAGUGGUAGCUGCUGGUGCCCACGUGGCUGGUCAAUGUCCAGCCUCCCGUCGUAAGAUCGUUAGAAAAUCCUAUUAAUUCCGAGGAAAUUAGUGCACUUGACUGACUUGCUCAGUCAAGUUAGCUGUCAUAGCUUCUAUGGUUUAUUAAUUGAAGAUCAAUUGAUUGCCACUUUGAGGAAUCACUCGUGAAUUUCUAACAACGGAUAAAAUUUUUGAGGAGUUGAAUGGGCAAAUGAUUGUUUUCAAUUUACAAUUACCUGGCGCUAUUGUUAUUCCAAUGAAUGGAAUCUCGCGAGUGUCUGCCUUCCAUAACUCCUUCUAUUCUGAUAUACUCCAACAUUGAGGGAAUGAUUUUGCAUAAUCAAAUGCGUUAUGGUUCUGUAAUCGUGUAUAAUUAUGCAUAUUCGGGAGAUAUAUAUGCAAGAGAAAUGAGAAACGAUUUGAUGGAAUGAGAUAUAUAUUUAGCCCUAGCCUCAGAAGAUAAUAUACUAAGAGAACGGAUUCUCUGAUCAUAUAAUAAGGCCGUGUCGUAUUCUUGUCCAUUAUCAGAUCAUAAAAAUUAAGAAGAUAGAAGAAAAUUCCAUCCCGCUGCCAAUCAUUGCUGGAAGGGAGACUCUCGGGAGAUGAUUUAAAAUUAUAUAAAAGUGAAGUGAGGUUUCUAAGUUCGUAAUAAAUUUAGACCGCAAAUUCAAUGCUCAGCCUAUAUUCCCUAAGAUCGCCAACAACGAAUGAGCUUAUCUACAAUGUAUAUGAUUUAAGUGGUGGGCGUUCGUGCAGUAUAUAUUAGAAUAAGAAAAUGUUUAACGAUGGAAUGAAAACCACAAGAUAUAGUCUAUUGAACAUUGUGAUACUUCUAUGUACGUACAUGUUUUAUUCAUCACUCA